AUGUACUCACCACUUUGUCUGCUGAUCCUUCAGCUACUCCUCCUGAGACAUUAUGGCCUCGGACGACAUCUCAAACACAAACAGUCCCAGAAGAUACAUUCCGUUCUGGUCAGCACCUGGAACUACACGGACGCCAAUCUCCAGGCCUGGAGCGUUCUCAAACAGGGUCCACGACGGACCCGCCAGGCGGUGAUCCAGGGCUGCAUGGCUUGCCAAAGUCCGCGCUGCGGCCGCCUUUUGGGCGGACACUAUGGCCCGGAUGAGCGGGGCACUCUUAGCCUGGAAGCUGCCAUCAUGGAUGGAAGAAAUCAGGAAUUUGGAGCUGUGGCCGGAAUGGAGGGUAUCCGGAACGCCAUUCUCGUGGCGGACGCUGUACUCCGAAACACCCACCACAAUCUCUUGGUGGGUCGAGGCGCCAGCGACUUUGCCCGGUCCAUGGGCUACAAAGUGGAGCACGCUCCUAAUCACAACACCAAUAAAGUCGUAGGCAGCUGGAAUCUUGGCAGCUGUCAGCCGAACUUCUGGCGCGACGUCCACCCUCCGCCCAGAACCCAGUGCGGGCCCUACACCCCCCUGCCGGAGCACCUUCUCCAGCGUCCGAUGCGGCAGGAGUACCCCAUCACUCAGGGCGAUCACGAUCAGGUAGCCUUCCUGGCUCUGGACUCCGAGGGCCUCUUCCACGUGGCCAGUCACUCGAGUGGCGCCCGUUUCCGGAUCCGGGGAAGGGUUGGGGACUCGGCAGUGCCGGGAGCCGGCAUCUAUGCUGACAACGAGGUAGGCGGGGCGGUAGCCAGCGGGGACGGAGAUGUCCUAAUGCGCCACCUGCCCGCCUUCCUCGCCGUAGAGGCCAUGAGAGCAGGCCGGAGUCCGGCCCAGUCAGCCGCAAACGUGAUCCAAAGAGUCCUUAAGUACAACACAGAGUUCAAUGGAGCCGUAAUUGUGGUCAAUCGGUGGGGCACUUACGCCGCCGCCUGCGCCGGCCUAGAUGAGUUCAACUUUGUGGUAAGCGGUGGCAAGGGCUUCCUUAGCAUGGCCAGGUUGGAGCGGGUGAAGUGCCAGGAGCGAAACGACGUGGUGGAUGGAGGACCAAAGGGAUUCUUCACAAGGAAACCCAUUAAAAAAGGAUAUUAA